CUCUCGACAGCUUGACUGGCGCCUCACCCACCCUCCCUUGGACGCCGUGAACUUUCUGUCUCGGCGUCCCUUUCUCCACUCAACCCGGGAACACCGUACGAGCUACGUCUGCUCUCCACGAGCACUCAGUCGGCCGGUCUGCUUGCUUCGCCCGCGGCUCGCAGCCUGAAGCUCCCAUCAUGGCGAACCAGUCGAUCCUCCGAAUCACUCGCGAACUCCACGAGAUCCAGAACGGCUCCGACCUCUCGCUCGCAGUUGCCUGGCGUGACGUCGACGUACGCCAUGUACGCGCGCUCAUCGUUGGCCCACCGGACACGCCAUACGAGUUCGGCUUCUUCGAGUUUACCGUCAAGUUUGGCAGGGAGUACCCGACAAAGGCACCAGGGGUGCUAGCAAUAACCACAAACGGAGGCCGAACACGCUUCAACCCAAACAUAUACGCUGCUGGCAAAGUGUGCCUGUCGAUCCUUGGCACAUGGCGCGGUGAGCGAGGAGAGGAAUGGUCAUCAGCACAAGGCCUCGAGUCGAUCCUCAUUUCCAUACAGAGCUUGAUGUCCGGCAACCCGUACGAGAACGAGCCGGGCUUCGAAGACGCAAACUCUGACUAUGACAAGAAGAACCAAGCAGCAUACAUCGACAAGAUUCGACACGAGACACUGCGCAUAUCGAUCAUCGAACGAUUGGAAGAGUACCUGGGUAUCCGUGGAGAGAGGCCCGCCGUUACUGUCUACAACGCCGAAGAGGAAUACCAGUCUGGGCGAGAGGAUGCGCCAUUUGAGCCUUUCAAGGACCUGUGCAAGCGCCGAUUCCUCUGGUACUACCGCUCGUACCUGGCAACAAUCGACGAGGCCGCCGAGAAGCACAAGGAUGGCGAUCGCUUCGAGAAGAUGCCUUUCGAGGGCCCAGGCAACACCAUGGAAGGAACCUACCAGUACACAGCGCUGAGGGAGCGACUUAACAAGAUCUUUGCAGUGCUGAACCAAGAGACGGAGGGCUGGGCUGCAGAAGGCUUGCUAGCUGUCCAGAAGGAGACAAGUAUUGCCAGUAACCUGCAGCGUCAGUUCGAGCAGAUUGUCGAGAAGUACAAGAAGAACGAUUCGGUCACACUUGACCUCGACCUCGUCGACAAGAACCCGUUCAUCUGGCAGCUCGUUCUCUUCGGUCGGCCCAUGACCAACCUGGAUGGCGGCAUGUUCAGGAUCAUGCUCUACAUCAGCCCUACCAGGUGGCCUGACGUUCUGCCUCGAGUUCGCUUCGAAACACCCAUCUUCCACCACCGCGUCUCCCCUGAUGGCAUUCUGUGCUAUGAUGCAGCAAAUAAGCAGGACAUGCGCUCCCACAUCGAGGCUAUCAUUGGUGCUAUCGAAGAGGAGUCGCCAGCCUAUGACCCCCGAACGUUGGUGAAUCCUGAAGCUGCCAAGCUGUUCUGGGGUGCACCUGAGGAGAAGAAACUAUAUAACCGCCGCCUCAGGCGUUCGGUUCAGGACAGUGCGGAGAAUUGCUUCUAAGACGAGUGCUCACAACUUAUGGUUUCUAAUGACGACACGGCCGAUCAGCUCAACGACAGUUUUUCGUACACUUACAGUACAUUGAUACCCACGCUUGACUUCAUCAAUGUCUUGCGACCUGCAUACUCGGCGCUUGUGACGGAAUGGCGCAUAGUAUAUUUGACCACCACAAUAGGCGUUGGUCAAUGCCAUAGUUUGAAAUGCUGGAUUACCCUUUGUGACCUUAUUGAACUAAUUGUUCCACACUGCAUGUGAAGGCUACAUGGAACGCAGAGGAUAUUAAGUGGUCUUUGUAUUGCAGUCCAAGACCUUUGAUGCGAAUGCAAGACCCUUGU